AUGAGACCAUUCAAUAAAACUUUUGAGCAAAAAAAGGAACAGCAUCAAGAUCUCUAUCACUAUUACUCAUUCAUUCCUUCAUCUAAACCGAUACCUUCACUAACAUCACCAAUACGUUCAGACGACCAAGAUGAAAAGAGAUCUUAUCAAUCUAUAAAAGAAGCAGAUUUGGUUUUAAACAUUCAUCAACAAUCCAACUACUAUUACCUUAACAACAGCCCUGCUCUAACCACUACUGCCUAUUCCACAUCACCUCUUCUCGUCAAACAUGAGAAGACAUCUUCCACAACUUAUAAUGUUAUCUCAGCUGCUAAAGAUGACUACUCUUCUUCUGUUGACGCCAAUAGAUGGAAUUAUACCACGACAUCUUGGUUUUCACAAGUUUGGCUUUAUUUAAGUUACUUCUUACUCACUUCCCGACAAAAAGAAAAAUCCACACCACGCACUUUAAUUUUACGAGCCAGACGUAAAGGCAUAAGAAUAUUAUGUACCGUAAUCUUCUUUGCUAUUUCUUCAUAUUUUAUUCAACGUUUUAUUGGCCACUAUAUACAUUUUGAGGUACUGCCAAGUGAAACAGCAGCUGACCUUAUUCAAUCUAUUCCAUCUGCCGACCAUAUCAGGCAUCAUUUCUCAACUUACGCUGCUCAACCUCAUCUAGCUGGUUCAGAUCAAGAUAAACACUUAGCAGAAUGGACACGCGAUACUUGGAUUCGGGACUAUGGACUUAAUGAUACAGAAAUUGAAACAUAUUAUCCCACCUUAAAUUAUCCUAGGCGUCGUCGACUGGCGAUCAUCAAAGGGCCUGAACAUCUUUUAUAUGAAGCCGUACUAGAUACCGAUACAACGGAUAGUCAUGAAGAGGGACCAUCAGGACAACAUACAGCAGCAACAGAAGCUUAUCAAAGAAAGAGCAGAGGGACUGCAACACCAGCUUUCCAUGCUUAUUCAGGAAAUGGCAAUGUAACAGGCCCGUUAGUCUAUGUGAACUAUGGCCGCUUGAUAGAUUUCGAUUCUUUAACUCAACAAGGUAUUUUAUUGAACGGAACCAUUGCUUUGAUUCGACAGGGCGGUGGUAUAACCAUGGGCUCGAAAGUGAAAAUGGCAGAAGAACAGGGCUGUGUUGGUGUCAUUUUGUUUUCUGAUAUGGCUCGAGUUGUUUCAUCAUUAUCAACCAUCUCGCCAACUUUAUACAGUUAUGUUGAACGUGGCUCUGUACAAUACAAUAGUAUUGGUGUAGGUGAUCCUUUUACACCUAACUUUGCUGCGACAGAAAACAUCACUCGGAUGCCUUAUGAUGAGUUGACAAACAUUCCCAAAAUACCGUCCUUACCUAUUUCAUGGAAAGACGCUCAACCUUUUUUGAAAGCAUUAGAAGGCCAUGGAUUCGCAAGCAGACAACCAGAACAUAUGUUGUUUGAUAAGAACAGGUCAUAUCAUAGUGGCCCGAGUGAAGCAUUAGUUAAUUUAAUCAACUUGAACGAGUAUCAAAUUAGGCCAAUUUAUAACGUCAUUAGUAAAAUAGAAGGAAGCGAGUAUCCAGACCGUAUUGUGAUGAUUGGUAAUCAUAGAGAUGCAUGGAGUUAUGGUGCCAUUGAUGCCUCUUCAGGAUCUGCUGUCAUGAUGGAAUUGGUAAGAACAAUUGGCAUACUUGUAAGCCGCGGAUGGAAACCGAAGCGCACAAUAAUGAUUGCUUCAUGGGAUGCUAAAGAGUAUGGCGCAAUCGGCUCUACAGAAUGGAUAGAGGAUAAUGCAUCUUGGUUGAAAGAGCGACUUGUUGCUUAUCUGAAUGUUGACCAUGCAGUAUCAGGCAAGCAAUUCGUAGCUCAAGCGUCACCCUUGUUGAGCAGAUUGCUUUAUCAAGUCACUAAUGAAGUUAUUGAUCCUCAAACCAGUCAGACAGUGUAUGAAAGAUGGAAAAAAGAUUCUCUUCGCCUUCGUCAACAACAUGCACAGGAUAAAAUGAUAUCAACCAUAGUGAAAAAGGAACAUGAGGGAACACAAAAUGGAAAUCAAUUAUCACCGCAGUUCCUAGCUCCUCUAAUAGAUAUGCUUGAACCGAGCUUAGAUCAUACAGCUUUUUUUCAUCAUUUAGGUGUUUCCAGCCUUUCGAUUGGCUUUCGCAACAAAGAAAUCAAUGACACAUUAAUGCAAAAUACAAGUACAACUGAAGGAGUAUUUUCAUUGCGUCACAGCAAUCUGGACACAAUUCAGCAUAUGCUGUCAUCAGAUGAUAUUGAUCCUCUUUUUGAAUAUCACCAAACACUAACACGUAUCUGGGGUUUGCUGUUAUUACGUUUGGCAUCAGACCCUAUAUUGCCCAUGUUGACUCAUGACUAUACCAACAACAUAGUACAGGCACUACAACAGCUUAAUAAUGCCGCCCUUUCAACAACAUCAUUAACAUCAUUGACUUCAACAGCACUUUCUAACGUACAGAGGGAUGGUAAUAUCAGGAACUGCUUUACCACCAUGUUUCCAUUCAUUUCUGCUACUUUACCAUCUCUCAGUUACACAAGUAUACAAUUUGACAGAAGGUUAGAGAAAUGGGCUCGGCAAUGGAUUAUCAAGAAAAAGCACGUUUCGAGAAAAUUACAAGAACGCGUGGCAGACGCCAAUGAUCGGCUCAUGCGAUUUGAACGCGCCUUUUGCGAUGAAGCUGGUUUGAACCCACCUGAAAGUCGAUGGUUAAAGCAUAGAAUUUACGGACCGCACAUUCGUACUGGCAUGGCGAUACAGUUUCCUGGGUUAGUAGAAGCGGUAGAGGAAGGUAAUCUAGAAAGGAUAAAGUGGGUAGAGGAAAGAAUUGGAAAAUCGUUUAUUGAAGCGGAAAGAGUAUUGAAAGGGCAGCAGAGACAACACAUCGAUGAGAAUGCAGAUAUUAUGAUGGACAAUAAUGAAGAUGAAGACGAUCAAUAUUGA